AUGCCCAACCCUAUCCUCACGCCGAGUAUCCGGAGGGUCAUCAACAACAUCCGCCAGGUUGGCGCACGACAGGCAUGGCGGGAUCUGCAGUACAUCGGUGACUUCAAGGCGGGCAAGUUCAUGGGUCAGGACGAGCACGGCAACAAGUUCUACGAGAACCGGGACGAGACGCAGUGGAGGCACCGCUGGGUCGACUUUGUCUCGCACGACUACAACGCGUCGCAGGUCACUCCUGAAUGGCACGCGUGGUUGACGCACGUCCGCCACGACCCUCCUACAGUCGACCCGGUCAUGCUGGCUUCGAAGCAGCGCUGGAUGAUCCCUCACCACGAGAACUUGACCGGCACCCGUGGCGCAUACAAGUGCUACAACACCACGAAGGCAAAGGUUGCGGGUUGGGAGCCUCAGGUCGCCCCUCGCGACUAG